AACCUCACUCUUGUUAACCAAGUUGGCGCCAAUUUCGUUACACCUUUCAUUUUAGAGUUCAAAAUAAUCCUCAAAUAAAUACUCCCCUAAAUUCUCUCAAAAAAAUACAUCAUUCCUACUUAAAACUAACUUUAUUAAUUUUUUUUUGUCAUCUCCUCUCAAAUCUAUCCUUGAUCAAAAUAACAUCCAUGUUUCACACUCACGCAUCCUAUUUUAUCUUUCAUGUGUGCAUGUAAAACAACAUAUUUAAGACAAAAUGGGUUGCGGAGGAUCUAAGCUUGAGCCGGAACAAGAAGCUGGCCUCCGACCAAUCAUUCGUCGUAGGAUCGACGAGUUUCUAGCCAGGAGGAACGCUGGCCUCUCCAAGAAGGAACUCCUUGCAGGUGACGUUACUACUUCUCAUCGCUCUGAAGUAGAAGAAGAAGAAGAAGAAAAAGAAGAGAUCAUUGCUAAGGAAGAUAAAACGUCUAUUUCGCCUCCUAAUAAUGUUUCUGAUGACGAUCAUGCCUCCUUUCUUAAACAAGAUAGCCCUCAAAAAAAUUCUAACAUUGAUGAUAAUAGUGCAUCAAUAAUAUUAUUCCCUAUAUUGGAGGAUAAAAAUGAUGUUAAUAACAUUAAAAAUGAUGUUAAUAAUGUUAAAAAUGAUGUUAUUAAUACUGAUGUUGAUGAAAUUAAAUUUGAAAAUAAUUUGCAUGAUAAAGAAGUAAUUAAGGAGGAGGAAUGCACGUUUGAUAAUCAAGAUGAGCUUGAGAGAUCGGAGUUGUUGGCUCCGAGCUCUCCUAGCUUUCGAGUUUAUUGUGUUCAUUCUCUUGAUGAAGAAGAGCUUCAAGAUGUUGUAGGACAACUUGAACCAGUAGAAGAAUGCAGCCAAGAAGAUGAUAAAAAUUGGUUACGACAAGAAUCAUCUAGUUCAAAUAAGCAGGUAGUGGAAGAGAAGAACACCAUGUUGAAGAAGCAUAAAAGAGUGAAGAUGUUUAAAAUAGGAAUUCCAAAAGGAGGAAAACAUAUAUUUCAUAACAUGCAUUCGUUAUAUCACCUUCCUUGUACUUCACACAAUUCUCAUUUCAUUCAACAAGCAGCUGCGUGAUAGUAUAUAUUCAAUGGAACAUACGUACGUCGCGUCUCUAUAACAAUUAGGAGGAGCUUAAUUCUAAAUUCGAUCUAGGAGAGAAAUAAAGGAGGGAUUUGAAAUGGUGUUUAAUUAAUUUUCCUAGUAAUAUUUUUUCAGUUUCCUUUUUUAUGUGUAGGAAGAUGAUAUGAUCUUACUAGCAAACCUAAAGCGUAGUUGCGAGCAUGAUUUCAUGAUAUUCUAUGAUUUUGUUGUAGGGAAAUGCAAAAUAUUGCUUUAUCUUAUCUCAUCUUCAACGUUCAUCUAUUUUGUUAUAUAAAAAAAAA